CUGUGGAUGUGGCCACGCGCCACUCGGCCCUUGGACUGCUAGGAGAGCGUGGCCCGACGCCACCACGCCGUGGACGCUCGGGGACCCCUGAAUCCCAGCGUCAAGGCUGCGACGAUGCUCGUGACCUCCACCGCGAAGUCACCUCCGCAAGGCGACGCAAGGACCUCGGCGAGCCCGGGCGCCGUACACCCGCCACUUUCCAGCCUGAUGUAACCCCUCUCUGCUGCUUCCUCCCCGCGCUUUGCUUUCUACAACUGGAAGCCGCGGAGGCGGCUACUGCGCUGAGCCGCUCGCUCUGGUGGUCAAGUUUGGGCGACCCGCGCGGAGGAGGGUCGGGCUGACUGCCGCCGCUGAGCUGUCCCCGGACGGGAGCGCCUGUCCACGGCACUCACCCCCUCCAGCGGUAGAAAUGUGGAGAAGUAAGUGGGAGGCGGUGUCGGGAGCUGACUCCUCUUAAAACGGUCGGCGCCGCUGCUCUGAAAUGGGCGGCUAAGUGCUUGUGGGACUAAGGGCGGCCUCAGAGAUGCCCGGAAAACCGCUGCCACGGCCAGAGCGCGGCGCAGACGCGGCAGAGUUGGAGGUGUCCGCGGUGCGGGCCGCUGCCCACGCCGCUCAGGCCAGGUGCUGAGGGCUCAGUCCGCGCCUCGGCCGAACGACUCUCAGCCCCGUUGAGCCACCUCGUCCGCCCGGCUUCCAUCGCACCGGCCAGAGGAAAGUUCCCGCGGCCCUCACGCCUCUUCACAGCUGCAGCGCCUCCCCUGCUUUUGGCUCCGCAAGUGCCCACUUGAGUCGGGAGAGGUCCUCGGGCCGCCCCAACUGCCCGCCCCACCUGGCAGUCCGUCCCCGUCCCCGUCCUCGCGGUAAGGCGCUCCCCGCCCCCUCGCUCCCCUCCCCCAAACCACAGCCCGAGCUCGCUCUUGCGCGCGCGCUCUCUCGGGCCCAAGUGAAUAGUCCUCGCGCGAGCGGGACACUGUGGUGGAUGCAAUUCUCCUCGCCUCCAGCCGCGAGGAGCUCCCCGGCGCCGCAGGCAGCGUCCUCCUCCGAAGCAGCUGCACCUGCAACUGGGCAGCCUGGACCCUCGUGCCCUGUUCCCGGGACCUCGCGCAGGGGGCGCCCCGGGACACCCCCUGCGGGCCGGGUGGAGGAGGAAGAGGAGGAGGAGGAGGAGGAAGAAGACGUGGACAAGGACCCCCAUCCUACCCAGAACACCUGCCUGCGCUGCCGCCACUUCUCUUUAAGGGAGAGGAAAAGAGAGCCUAGGAGAACCAUGGGGGGCUGCGAAGUCCGGAAAUUUCUUUUGCAAUUUGGUUUCUUCUUGCCUCUGCUGACAGCGUGGCCAGGCGACUGCAGUCACGUCUCUAACAACCAAGUUGUGUUGCUUGAUACAACAACUGUGCUGGGAGAGCUAGGAUGGAAAACAUAUCCAUUAAAUGGGUGGGAUGCCAUCACUGAAAUGGAUGAACAUAAUAGGCCCAUUCACACAUACCAGGUAUGUAAUGUAAUGGAACCAAACCAAAACAACUGGCUUCGUACAAACUGGAUCUCCCGUGAUGCAGCUCAGAAAAUUUAUGUGGAAAUGAAAUUCACACUAAGGGAUUGUAACAGCAUCCCAUGGGUCUUGGGGACUUGCAAAGAAACGUUUAAUCUGUUUUAUAUGGAAUCAGAUGAGUCCCACGGAAUUAAAUUCAAGCCAAACCAGUAUACAAAGAUCGACACAAUUGCUGCUGAUGAGAGUUUUACCCAGAUGGACUUGGGUGAUCGCAUCCUCAAACUCAACACUGAAAUUCGUGAGGUGGGGCCUAUAGAAAGGAAAGGAUUUUAUCUGGCUUUUCAAGACAUUGGGGCGUGCAUUGCCCUGGUUUCAGUCCGUGUUUUCUACAAGAAAUGCCCCUUCACUGUUCGUAACUUGGCCAUGUUUCCUGAUACCAUUCCAAGGGUUGAUUCCUCCUCUUUGGUUGAAGUACGGGGUUCUUGUGUGAAGAGUGCUGAAGAGCGUGACACUCCUAAACUGUAUUGUGGAGCUGAUGGAGAUUGGCUGGUUCCUCUUGGAAGGUGCAUCUGCAGUACAGGAUAUGAAGAAAUUGAGGGUUCUUGCCAUGCUUGCAGACCAGGAUUCUAUAAAGCUUUUGCUGGGAACACAAAAUGUUCUAAAUGUCCUCCACACAGUUUAACAUACAUGGAAGCAACUUCUGUCUGUCAGUGUGAAAAGGGUUAUUUCCGAGCUGAAAAAGACCCACCUUCUAUGGCAUGUACCAGGCCACCUUCAGCUCCUAGGAAUGUGGUUUUUAACAUCAAUGAAACAGCCCUUAUUUUGGAAUGGAGCCCACCAAGUGACACAGGAGGGAGAAAAGAUCUCACAUACAGUGUAAUCUGUAAGAAAUGUGGCUUAGACACCAGCCAGUGUGAGGACUGUGGUGGAGGACUCCGCUUCAUCCCAAGACAUACAGGCCUGAUCAACAAUUCCGUGAUAGUACUUGACUUUGUGUCUCACGUGAAUUACACCUUUGAAAUAGAAGCAAUGAAUGGAGUUUCUGAGUUGAGUUUUUCUCCCAAGCCAUUCACAGCUGUUACAGUGACCACGGAUCAAGAUGCACCUUCCCUGAUAGGUGUGGUAAGGAAGGACUGGGCAUCCCAAAAUAGCAUUGCCCUAUCAUGGCAAGCACCUGCUUUUUCCAAUGGAGCCAUUCUGGACUACGAGAUCAAGUACUAUGAGAAAGAACAUGAGCAGCUGACCUACUCUUCCACAAGGUCCAAGGCCCCCAGUGUCAUCAUCACAGGUCUCAAGCCAGCCACCAAGUAUGUAUUUCACAUCCGAGUGAGAACUGCGACAGGAUACAGUGGCUACAGUCAGAAAUUUGAAUUUGAAACAGGAGAUGAAACUUCUGACAUGGCAGCAGAACAAGGACAGAUUCUCGUGAUAGCCACCGCCGCUGUUGGCGGAUUCACUCUCCUCGUCAUCCUCACUUUAUUCUUCUUGAUCACUGGAAGAUGUCAGUGGUACAUAAAAGCCAAGAUGAAGUCAGAAGAGAAGAGAAGAAACCACUUACAGAAUGGGCAUUUGCGCUUCCCAGGAAUUAAAACUUACAUUGAUCCAGAUACAUAUGAAGACCCAUCCCUAGCAGUCCAUGAAUUUGCAAAGGAGAUUGAUCCCUCAAGAAUUCGUAUUGAGAGAGUCAUUGGGGCAGGUGAAUUUGGAGAAGUCUGCAGUGGACGUUUGAAGACACCAGGGAAAAGAGAGAUCCCAGUUGCCAUUAAAACUUUGAAAGGUGGCCACAUGGAUCAGCAAAGAAGAGAUUUUCUAAGAGAAGCUAGUAUCAUGGGCCAGUUUGACCAUCCAAACAUCAUUCGCCUAGAAGGUGUUGUCACCAAAAGAUCCUUCCCGGCCAUUGGGGUGGAGGCGUUUUGCCCCAGCUUCCUGAGGGCAGGGUUUUUAAAUAGCAUCCAGGCCCCGCAUCCAGUGCCAGGGGGAGGAUCUUUGCCCCCCAGGAUUCCUGCUGGCAGACCAGUAAUGAUUGUGGUGGAAUAUAUGGAGAAUGGAUCCCUAGACUCCUUUUUGCGGAAGCAUGAUGGCCACUUCACAGUCAUCCAGUUGGUCGGAAUGCUCCGAGGCAUUGCAUCAGGCAUGAAGUAUCUUUCUGAUAUGGGUUAUGUUCAUCGAGACCUAGCGGCUCGGAAUAUACUGGUCAAUAGCAACUUAGUAUGCAAAGUUUCUGAUUUUGGUCUCUCCAGAGUGCUGGAAGAUGAUCCAGAGGCUGCUUAUACGACAACUGGUGGAAAAAUCCCCAUAAGGUGGACAGCCCCAGAAGCCAUCGCCUACAGAAAAUUCUCCUCAGCAAGUGAUGCAUGGAGCUAUGGCAUUGUCAUGUGGGAGGUCAUGUCCUAUGGAGAGAGACCUUAUUGGGAAAUGUCUAACCAAGAUGUCAUUCUGUCCAUUGAAGAAGGGUACAGACUUCCAGCUCCCAUGGGCUGUCCAGCAUCUCUACACCAACUGAUGCUCCAUUGCUGGCAGAAGGAGAGAAAUCAUAGACCAAAAUUUACUGACAUUGUCAGCUUCCUUGACAAACUGAUCCGAAAUCCCAGUGCCCUUCACACCCUGGUGGAGGACAUCCUUGUAAUGCCAGAGUCCCCUGGUGAAGUUCCGGAAUAUCCUUUGUUUGUCACAGUUGGUGACUGGCUAGAUUCUAUAAAGAUGGGGCAAUACAAGAAUAAUUUCGUGGCAGCAGGGUUUACAACAUUUGACCUGAUUUCAAGAAUGAGCAUUGAUGACAUUAGAAGAAUUGGAGUCAUACUUAUUGGACACCAGAGACGAAUAGUCAGCAGCAUACAGACUUUACGUUUACACAUGAUGCACAUACAGGAGAAGGGAUUUCAUGUAUGAAAGUACCACAAGCACCUGUGUUUUGUGCCUCAGCAUUUCUAAAAUGAACGAUAUCCUCUCUA